AUUGCCUAAACUACUACUGCGUUGAUGACACUGGUCUGGUGCAAGCUGAAGGUGCCAUGUGGUCUCCUGAUGAGUGUCACACGUGUGUGUGUAAUGGCAGUGAAGUGUCUUGCUCGAAGACUCCAGAGUCUUGUCCUCUCCCACCCAAUAAGUUUUGUGUAGAGAAUCCAGGACGUUGCUGUCCUCAGUGGAACUGUUCCUUUGGGUGCAUUGACGAUGCUGGAGAGCAUCACGAGCUGGGAAGUUCUUGGCAUUCUUCUCCCUGUACAUACCACACGUGUACACAGAAUGGGAUGAUAACUCUGAUAGAAGACUGUUUCUUGCCCCCUCCAGUGCACCAUAGUUGUACUGAAAUUACACAGGAGAAUGAAUGUUGUCCACGGUGGCACUGCAGUGGCUGUACCGAUGUUGCUGGCAAUUACCACGAACUUUGCCACGAGUGGACAGACUCUGAUCCCUGCCUUGUCUUCACCUGCACUCCACAUGGUAUAUCUGAGAAACUUUUGGUCUGUGAGAAACAAGACCAACCUCAUGCUGGAUGUUACAACUACACUUCCCCAGGAGAAUGUUGUCCUAAAUGGAAUUGCAGUGGUUGUGUCGAUCAGUCUGGUUAUCAUCCAUUUCUAAGUAAGUGGACGUCUGACUUCUGUACUACACAUUCUUGUACAUGGAAUGGAAUACAGACUACAAGAGAAGACUGUGAGUUGGAACCUGCACCACAUCACACCUGCCUCCAAUACACCCCACCUCAACAAUGUUGUCCUCAGUGGAAGUGCAGUUCGUGUGUCGAUAAUGGCAAGUCUCGACGGUUAUAUGAAUUCUGGAAGAGCGACUCUUGCACAACUAACUUUUGCACGAAGAAUGGGACGCAGACUAUUAGAGAAACUUGCAAGAAGACCGAUGCGCCUCAUCCCAGCUGUCAGAAAAUUCUCCCAGAAGGAGAAUGUUGUCCCGACUGGCGCUGUAGGGGCUGCUUUGAUGCCAGUGGAAAUUAUCAUGAAAUAGACGAUGAAUGGAGCAUGAAAGACCCAUGUUUAAUGUUCCUGUGUUCUGAUGAAGGGAUAAUAAUGAAACGCUUAAAAUGCACACGUACUCCGUCGCUUUAUCCUCAUACAGACUCGUGCACAACACACGUUUGCACAAGGGAUGGUGUUCAGGUACUGAAGGAGACUUGCACUCUUGGCCCUGCCACCUCAUCCUAG